GGCAGGACGAUCAACGGACUGGCGUGCUUUCUGAACGACUCCACGAUUUUCGUCCAUGAAAUCGCGAAAGAUGCAGAGGUCCGCGACGACCGAGCCAAGACACGAGGCACAGUUUGUCGGAGAAUGAUGUCGUAGCAGCGAGGUCGUGGAAGCGAGGCACGAAUAAUCGUAGAAGGUGGACGUAGCAACGGCAGCGGAAACAGUUUAAUCGCUUGUACUAAGACACAGCACUGCGUGCAAAGAUGUCGAAACGACCCCCAGAUAAUGGGGACUCCAGUUCCCAACCACCUAUAAAGAAGGUGCAGUUUGAACCAAUUUUAAUUGGACCCAUAUCUACUCUCGAAGAGAUGGACAUGAAGGUUUUACAGUUUCAGAAUAAAAAGCUAGCACAGAGAUUGGAGCAAAGGCAUAGAAUGGAAGCUGAAUUGAGACAACGUAUUGAACAAUUAGAGAAACGCCAAAUGCAAGAUGAUGCAGUACUUAAUGUAGUUAAUCGAUAUUGGAAUCAACUCAAUGAAGAUAUACGUGUAUUAUUACAAAGAUUUGAUGCUGAAACUGCCGAUGAAUCUGAAAAUAAAAACGAGAGUGAGGCUACAACAUCAUUUCUAAUGCAAUUAUCUUCCUGGGAUAAAGAGGAAUUGGAUGACAAAUUAGCAAACCGUGUACAGGUAUCAAAACGAGCUGUGUCUAAAGUUGUACAAGCAUUUGAUCGUUUAUCUCAAAGAAAUGAAAAAAUCACUCUUGCGCUUAAAGGAGAAUUUGAUGGCGAUUAUAAAUCGUAUUAUAUAGAAGAGGCACCGAACAUGGACGAAGUUGUACGUCGUGCCAAUGCUGAAAUACAAAUGGAAAACAGAAAUCUGCAGGCGAUAAAUAUACAAUUGCAUGAAAAAUAUCACACUAUCUCAUUGAAGAUGUCAGAAUUGCAAGAUACAAUAACAGGAAAAGAUACGCUUGCAGCAGAAUUACGAAAUCAAGUCGACGAUUUGCAAUACGAAUUGAACAAAGUACGGGCGAGAAAUGAUAAAUUGGAACAUCAUCUUGGAGAAGCAGUCGAAAAAUUAAAAGCUUUUCAACAAAUUCAUGGCGCUGAUGAGAAAGGCAGUAAUAAACCGAAUACUUUAGUUGCAUCUAGUGUUUCACAGACUAAGCUUGAUGACUUGCAAAGAGAACUUGAAGAGACGCGUGAAUUAGCUAAUAAUAGAUUACAGGAAUUAGACAAACUUCAUCAGCAACAUCGCGAAACUUUAAAAGAAGUAGAAAAAUUGAAAAUGGAUAUAAGACAACUUCCCGAAUCAGUAAUUGUGGAAACAACAGAGUAUAAAUGUUUACAAUCGCAAUUUUCCGUAUUGUAUAAUGAGUCUAUGCAAUUGAAAACACAAUUGGAUGAUGCUCGUCAACAGUUACAAUCGAGCAAAAACGCACAUUUACGCCACAUUGAGAUGAUGGAGAGUGAAGAAUUAAUGGCUCAAAAAAAAUUGCGCGGCGAGUGUAUACAACUCGAAGACGUUUUAGCACAAUUACGCAAGGAAUACGAGAUGCUUCGCAUUGAAUUUGAACAGAAUCUAGCUGCCAAUGAACAGACAGGUCCGAUCAAUCGAGAAAUGCGGCACCUAAUUACCUCCCUUCAGAAUCACAAUCAACAAUUAAAAGGAGAAGUGCAUCGGUACAAGCGAAAAUACAAAGAAACUUCUACUGAAAUACCUCGAUUAAAGAAGGAAGUAGAGGAAUUGACAACUAAAUUAGGGCAACAAACGUCGCAAGAAAAUAAAGAAGGGAAUAAUUCAGAUGGUAGCGGAAAAGAAGAAGAUGCUUCAAAUUCAUUGCCAGGAUCUACACAGAUAAAAGAAGAAAGUGGUGUUACUAUAAAGAGGGAAUCUGGUGCUGAUGAAGAGGUAGAAACAAUUGAGGUUGGAGAAGGUGAAGGCAACAAAAAUACACCAGAUUCUCUAACGUUAACUUCGCCAACUCUAAAAAAGGAGAAGGAUAUAAAACGUGAGAAGGAUAUCAAGAAAGAAUCUGUAAAAACUGAACAUCGGGAUCCUGCACAUCGCACCAAAGACGCAAAAAUGGCAGAAUCGGAAGCCGUGAGAGAUUUGAAGGCACAACUUAAAAAAGCUGUGAAUGAGAUGAAAGAAAUGAAGCUUUUAUUAGACAUGUACAAAGGUGUUGGAAAAGAGCAGCGAGAUAAAGUACAGUUAAUGGCUGCGGAGCGUAAAACGAGAGCAGAAUUGGAGGAUUUACGACAGCAAAUCAAAAAGAUUCAAGAAAGUAAACGUGAAGAACGUAAGAAGUUAGCUGAUGAAGAUGCACAGAUAAAAAUUAAGAAAUUAGAAGAACAAGCAUACACAUUGCAACGUCAGGUUGCUUGUCAAAAACAGAAUUGUAUUUGGUUGCAGGAAGAGGAAGCACUUCUGAAUGAGAUGGAAGUGACCGGACAAGCGUUCGAGGAUAUGCAGGAACAGAACUCUAGACUCAUACAGCAGUUACGUGAAAAAGAUGACGCAAAUUUUAAGCUCAUGACAGAGAGAAUCAAAAGUAAUCAAUUGCACAAACUUGCGAGGGAAGAGAAGGAUGUGUUAAAAGAACAAGUGUCUACAUUAACGACGCAAGUGGAAGCGGCCAACGUAGUUGUACGAAAGCUGGAAGAGAAAGAACGUCUUUUACAAAAUUCUCUCGCCACGGUGGAAAAAGAAUUGGCGCUAAGACAGCAAGCGAUGGAGAUGCAUAAACGGAAAGCGAUAGAGAGUGCACAAUCUGCAGCUGAUCUCAAACUCCAUCUUGAAAAAUAUCAUUCCCAAAUGAAGGAAGCACAACAGGUCGUAGCCGAGAAAACAAGUUCCUUAGAAGCUGAAGCAUAUAAAACUAAAAGAUUACAGGAAGAAAUAGCGCAACUGAGGCGCAAGGUCGAACGAAUGAAGAAGAUUGAGCUCGCUGAAACCCUGGAUGAAGUAAUGGCGGAAGAGCUGCGGGAAUAUAAGGAAACUCUAACGUGUCCGUCUUGUAAGGUGAAGCGGAAGGAUGCCGUGCUUACUAAGUGCUUCCACGUAUUUUGCUGGGAUUGUCUACGCACACGUUAUGAGACGCGACAACGAAAAUGUCCGAAAUGUAAUUGCGCCUUCGGUGCCAACGACUACCAUCGGCUGUACCUAUCCACAUGAAGAAGAAGGUGCUGACUUGAAAAAUAAGCCGCGGUGUAGAGUUAUGUUUUGUAAUAUGUUACGUGAGCAUUUCUCUUUUCUUUUUUAUAUCUUUUAUUUAUUACUCUAAUUUUUUGUGGAAUGACCAUAUGCAAUAUGUGAUUAUCCCUAAGUGCGUCACGAAUAAUGAAUCACGAAUUUUGCUAAGUUCUUAUUAAGAUCAUAGCCCAUGAAAGAAAAAGAACAUAAGCCAUAGAAUUUAAAAGUCAUAGAUUUAAGAAUCGCAGUCGAAAAUUCAGGAGACUGGAUAAUCUAUUUAUUACUUUAAUUCUAUUACUUCCACGUUUUCAUGCCUUAUGGUCUAAUUUAUAAACUAUAAGAAUCGAUAAGUAAAGUGAAUGAUGAAUGAGUGAACGAAUAAAAGAAAAAGAGAUAAAUAAGGAGGAAAGAGAAAAAAACUGGAUUGUAUUUUUAAAUGGUAUAUAGUACGGGCUGCAAGCUUUCAAUUUUAUUUACAACGUAAAAAAUGAUUUAUUAAAUUACUCUCUCUGAUCUCGUUUUUUAAAUAAGCUUGCGCGAGGUUAUCGUUAACAUCUACAUACAAUUGAUCACUCAAAUCAAUGCCUUCUUAAAUUAUUUUUAAGAAGAACUACUGUCCUCUCAGUAACAACAAUUUACUGUUUAAAAUGUCUUUUAUAAUAGCGUUUUCUCUUGGCUGCACUAUCGCCCACUAAUGCAACACUCAGACAGUGUACUGUUUCCAUGGCUGGUAGUAAGCAAACUCGUUCGGUGUACCGUGUUUCCAAUUACGGUGUGUGCAAAUUUUAUGCACGAAGUGAGAUUUUGCUACAUCGUCUCAAAGGGACAAUGUAGAGCCAGUAUGACAUUUAAAAUUUGAAAAUGGAAGUCAAGUGGGAACAGGGUUUUAGCGCAAUAAUGAUAUAGUGUACAUCAUGGUGUGCAUCACUCUAAUGUAGCUGAGUAUAGCGCUUGCACGCAACUGAUGCGAAACUACAUCCAGUGUAACUCCCAAGAGAAAACGCUAUAUAAGAUAAAAUAGAGAUCACUGAGAUCAAGGUCACUGGAUUGAUAAUCAUUAGUCUAUUAGACAAAUUUUGAAACUAUAAAUCUAGAUCACUGAUUUAGUAAUUAUAACUGUAUGAAUUAAAAUUGAUUAAUUGACUGACAUAGAGUGCGGUUGAGUUACGCAUGUAACUACGCUACGAAUGUUUGGAAGCAUUUUUUGAUUGAUCAAUUAGUAAAAUUCUUUUUUCUGAUUGAUCAAUCAAAUACUUCAAGCAUUUGUAGCGGCAACUCGACCGCAUCAUAUAUUAUUUAGAUUCAAUUACUAUACGAAAUUCAUAGAAGUGUAAAUCUGCUGAAAGUGUUUAAUAUUCCGUCUGUAUGUUCUGAACGCUAUGCCUGAUUAAGUCAUGUAAUUACUUUAAUUCCAUUUGAAUCUUCAUCUCUGAGUUGAGAAGUCUCGAAGAAGCGCUCUAAUUAUCUACUUUUCACUUCUGAAAGUAAAGUAAAUUUACUUUUGUAUUAACAUUUAGAUUCAACAAUUAGUAAUUUGUAAUAAUCGCUUAUAGGUAUUUAUUUAAUUAGGAUAAAUUUAACAGAGUUACGAUCCAAAUUCGCUUUAUCUAUUGUUUAUAAUACGAGACAGGCAAACUGAUUAAUAACAGGAAUGUUCUGUACGAUAAUUACUCGAUAUUAUUCAAUAAGAAACGAAUUCUUUUUACUGAUCGUGAUUAUAUUUCUCAUGAUCGAUUUCAUCGAAAUUGUCAUUGGAAUCAAGAUAGAAAUUAAAGAAAUAAGA